AAGAUACAAUACAUAAACACUGUUAUAGUUGAUCCAUUCCUAGACUGUUCAGCUAUCAAAUGUAUAAAAAAUGUUAUAUAUUAUAAGGCUACGACUAUUACGAUACGAAUCGAGCAAAUCCUAAAGGCCAUGUCGACACCAAUAGAGCCUCACCUAAUCAUAUAUAACAAACACACACAAAAGACCAUUUCUUCAUAAGAAGAAUAAACAAAAGAGGAAAGUAACAUUAGGACAAUGUUGAAAAUAGAAAAGAAAACGGUAAGAACAAUUGCAAACAAAGAAAAGAAUAGGUAUGCAAAAUGAAAUGUGUCCAUUUAGAUAGAUCGAUGUACAUACGACCAAAAACGAAGAAGAACUCUUUUUAUAUGAUCUAAUUGCAUCAUAUAUCUAAGAAAAAGUAACACGAAAUUACAAAAGGCUGUUAGCACACAAAAAAAAAAGAACAAAGCGGUGUGAAAUCGGGGAAAUGAUCGAAAAAGAGGAGAAAAAACAUUAAUUAAUCAUAAAAAUCUAAAGAAAGAAAGAGGAAAGGGUCAAGAGAGCAUAUAUUCCCUUCUCCAACAGAACCCCACUCAUGUUUCCUGAUAUGGAGUGAGAGAAGAAAGAUAGAGGACAACAUCAACCACUCCAAAGAUUUAUAUAUACAUAUAAAUCUCCAUAUCUUUGCAACCAAACCCAACAAUCUUUGAAAACAAAUAAGUGAACAAACCUUUCGUUUUAUUUAUAUUUAUUGGGGUCGUUCUUGAUUGUAUACUAGAAGGAGAGAUUUGUAUGUGUUUAUUAAUGGAGAGCAACACUACUAAUGGUAAUAAUCAGAAGACAAAGAUGAGUCUUGUGUUGUCAACAGAUGCUAAGCCCAGAUUGAAAUGGACAUGUGAGCUUCAUCACAGAUUCAUUGAAGCCGUUAAUCAACUCGGUGGACCAAACAAGGCAACACCUAAGGGUUUGAUGAAGGCUAUGGAGAUUCCUGGGCUUACUUUGUAUCAUCUAAAGAGCCAUUUACAAAAAUAUCGACUAGGAAAGAGCCUGAAGUUUGAUGAUAACAAUCUUGAAGCAGAUUCCUCUGCUUCAGAAACCCAAGAAGCUGAGAGUAAAAACGUCUCUGCAGAUUUCAGAGGCAGUGUCAACGUAGAAAACAACAAUCCAGCUAACGAAGGCGUGCAGAUCACGGAAGCUUUACAGCUGCAGAUGGAAGUUCAAAAGAAACUUCAUGAACAAAUCGAAGUUCAGAGGCAUUUACAAGUGAAGAUUGAGGCACAAGGCAAGUAUUUACAGUCAGUUUUACUGAAAGCUCAACACACUCUCGCUGGCUACACAUCUUCCACUCUUGGCAUGGACUUUGCGAGAACCGAACUCUCUAGAUUAGCUGCAAUGGUGAAUCAGAGUUCUUCGUUCUCGGAGCUAACACAAGUGGAAGAAUACAAAGAAGAAGGAUUCUUGUGGUGCAAGAAACCAGAAAACAGAGGAAUUACACAUCCAAGACGUUCAGUUGAGAGCUCGUUGACAUCUUCAGAGAGCUCAGAUACAAAUCUGAAUAAAAACAACGACGAGAGAAUGUCAGUGGAGCUUCCGUUGAUGGAGAUCAAAUCAGAAAAGCAGACGGAGAAGAAGAAGAGGAGCCUAAACGAUGUCGUUUGCAUGGAACGCCAGCCUCCAAAGAAGAGGAAUCUUGGAGCUUAUGAUGAUGAUGAUGAUGAACACCUGAGGUUGAGUUUGAAUAGUUACAAGAAAGACAUGGGGACGUGUCCGAACAUAGGACUAGGGUUUAAUUGAAAAAAGUAAUCACUUUAAUAUUAUAAAUAUUUUUAAAAAGUCCUAUGUAUCUGCGUAGAUUUCCAUAUAUAUAACAUAAAGUGGAGAUUUUGUGAGAAA